GGCAAUAGAAAGAUUUGCAUAUUACUUAACAGGCAAAUUCUUUACGGUUAGAACAGACUCAGAGGCUAAUGAGUUUAUUUUUGGUCACUCACACAAAAUGGGUAAAAGGUCGAUUUCGAGAGCAGAAGCCUGGGCGCUAAGGCUGCAGUCGUACACUUUUGAAAUAAAGCGAGUACCCGGUCAUUCGAAUGUUGCCGAUGCGCUCUCAAGGUUAAUUGAUAAAACACAAGUUGACGAACCCUUCGAUGAGACAAGCGAUAAACAUUUACUCUAUUCAAUUAACGCUGGUGCUAUUGAUAUUUCAUGGCAAGAUAUUGAAAAAGCAUCCGAAUUAGAUGAAAUCUUAAAGGAUGUUCGAAACGCUAUCAUUACCGACAAAUGGCCACCAAGCCUGCUUCAAUUCCAAGCUCAUUCAAAAGAAAUUCGAGCUGUUGGUGCAACUUUGUUCAGAAACGAUAAGAUCAUACUUCCGGAAGAACUGCGAACCUCUGCCCUGAAUUCUGCUCAUCAAGGCCAUAUUGGUAUCAGCGCAAUGAAACGGAUAAUGCGGGAAUACUUUUGGUGGCCCAACAUGAAUAAGGCGAUUGAUGUUUUCGUAAAGAACUGUAAAACUUGUUUUAUAUUAUCGCGCAGAAAUCCUCCGAUUCCAUUAUCAAGCCGCGAUCUCCCAGAAGGGCCGUGGGAGAUUCUACAAGUCGACUUCUUGUCAAUAAAUGGUUUUGGUUACGGAGAGCUAUUGAUGCUUGUUGAUACGUAUUCGCGAUAUUUGUGUGUCGUGGAAAUGAGACAGACAGAUGCAAAGUCUACUAAUCGUGCCCUUUCGGAGAUUUUCUAUCAAUGGGGUCUACCACUCAUCCUUCAAAGCGACAAUGGUCCCCCAUUUCAAAGCGAUGAAUUUAAAGAGUAUUGGCAGAACAAAGGAGUAAAGGUGCGAAAGUCGAUCCCACUAUGCCCGCAGUCAAACGGUUCUAUAGAGAGACAAAAUCAGGGAGUGCUAAAGGCUUUAGCUGCUGCUAAGGAUGAAGGAAGGUCUUGGAAAUCUGCCUUGUACGAGUACGUCCAUGUUCAUAACACAAGAAAGCCUCACGCACGACUCGGAAUCACUCCAUUCGAACUAUUAGUCGGAUGGCAGUACCGUGGUGUAUUCCCGUGUCUCUGGGAAGCUAGAGAGAAUAAAACUGACCUUCAAGAAAUUCGUGAUCGUGACGCAGUAUCAAAGUUAAUCAGCAAGAAAUACGCAGAUGCUCGCAGAGGAGCUAUCGAAUCCGAAAUACAGGAAGGCGAUACAGUGGCUAUGCUGAUUCCGAGAAAGAGUAAAAUGGAUCCAUCAUUUUCCAAAGAAAAGUAUGUUGUUUUAAAACGAACAGGGGCCAAGGUGGUCAUUCGUAGUGACAGAGGAGUUCAAUACGAAAGAAACGUUCGAGAUGUUAAAAUGGUACCACCAGCAGCUGUUGAUUUCGAAGAUGAUUCGAUAAACGGUUCAGAAUAUUCAGGAGAUAACGACGAAAUAAUAAACAAUGCAGACGGAAACCAUGAUGCGGAAGAGGAAUGCGUGCAACCCUUUUUGAAUGAGCAUGAUAAUAAUUCGGCCAAUCCAUCAAUAACAGCCCAAGGGAACUUAACAAACCGACCAAGUAGGACCAUAAAAAAGCCUGAAAAAUUUAAAAACAUGUUUUUGUAUAACAUUUUUCAUUAGAGUAGGAGCGAGAGAGGAUGUAGGAAAAUAGAUUGGUGGUUGAAAUCAUAAAGAGAAAAAAAAAAUAAAUUUGAGAAUUUAAAUAAGAGAAUUUCUAGUAGCACUGAUAGGUGAUUUGGUUUGUGAUGAAAAGGAAACAAAAAAAGGGAACAGAAACGGCUGAGGAAGA